AUGACUAUAGCUCAAACUCCAACUGAUAACACCCAACGUCUACGGAAAAAUCGAGGCGAGAGUGUUGCUCAGUUAGAGUACUCAAGGAUCAUUGGUAGUCUCAUGUAUCUAAGUACAUGUCCUAGACCUGACUUAGCAUAUGCUGUGAGUAGGCUAAGUAGAUACACCAGUAAUCCAAGUUCGGAUCAUUGGAAAGCUAUCACAAGAGUGCUUAGAUACAUAAGAUACAUAAGAGAUUACGGAUUACACUAUAACCGUGAUCCAGCGGUGAUCGAAGGAUACACUGAUGCGAACUGGAUAUCGGAUAUAAAAGAUCACAGAUCGACAAGUGGAUAUGUGUUUACACUUGCGGGAGCGGCUAUAGCUUGGAAGUCAUCUAAGCAAACUGUUAUAGCUAGAUCCACGAUGGAAUCUGAGUUUGUCGCUUUGGAUAAAAGCGGGGAAGAGGCAGAAUGGUUACGUCAAUUUGUGGAAGAUAGUCAAAGAUGGCCAAAGCCUUUUGUCGGCGCUUUGCAUACAUUGUGA